CUGGGUGCAGUCGGUCACAUUCACAGGCCUGUGCUCAUGCAGCGGUGCAGCUGUGGAAUCAAACGCCCGGGGUUUCAUUGUUUAUUAUGAUGGCUUGACAAAGAGUCCAACUCCUACUAGAACUUGAAAACUAUAUUAACAGCGGUCUAGCAACCACCUAUUAUUUGAAUGGAGUCCUCGCGGAGCAUAGGGGGUCACUCCCGCGAGUACAAAUUGGUGAUGUUAGGAGAGGGAGGUGUGGGCAAAAGUGCCAUCAUCAUGCAGUUUAUAAGUCACAGAUUUCCAGAGGAUCAUGACCCCACUAUCGAGGAUGCAUAUAAAACACAGAUCCGCAUAGACGAUGAGCCAGCAAACCUGGACAUCUUGGACACAGCAGGACAGGCGGAGUUCACAGCCAUGCGUGAUCAGUACAUGCGAGCGGGUGAAGGCUUCAUCAUCUCAUACUCCAUCACGGACCGCCGCAGUUUCCAGGAGGCUCGGCACUUCAAGCAGCUGAUCUACCGCGUGCGGCGCACCGUCGACACCCCCGUCGUGCUGGUGGGGAACAAGUCUGACCUGGUCCAUCUCAGACAGGUGUCAGUAGAGGAGGGCAAACAGCUGGCGAGGGAGUUCCAGUGCCCCUUCUUCGAGACCUCGGCGGCGUUCCGCUAUUACAUCGACGAGGUGUUCGCUGCACUGGUGCGUCAGAUCCGCCAGCGCGAGGCCGAGGUGCUGCGAGGCAGCGAGAGGAAGACCAGACGCAGCCACUCCUUCUGGAGCCGCCUCAAAGCCCCCUUCAACAGGAAACAGCAGUCCGAGCACUGAGAGAGGGGCAUGAUGGGAUACCACAGUCUCCUCACCUGCAGCUCCCUCAGGAGGUUUGAGAACUGUCUUUAUAGUUUCUAUCUGAUCGUCUCCCAUCAUUUCAGUUAGACUAAAGCCUCACCGUGCAGGAGUCGUCAUUUGGGACGUGGGCUGAUUCACUGAUGUUAGAGAUUCAGAAAGAAAUAUACAACUCCACAUGUAUUUUUGGACACGUUAUACUUUGCGAAGGUGAAUUGUUGUACCUCAUAUUUUAACGGGAUGGGAAUGCAGAAGGAUUUGGUGCAUGUGUUUUUGAAGUGUAGAGAGGUGUAGGGUCAGAUAUUUGCUAGUUGGAAUAAAAUGAAGGUGGAAUGAGUUCCUGAGAGUAGAAAGAAGGAAAAGAGAGCGAUGUGCUGCAGGAUGGGUAAAUCUGCGAGGGUUUAUGCUAGAAAUAUUAAUGAGUACUGUGAAGCCUUCCUUCUGUUAAGACACGUUUAAAAACCCUUGCUGUAGUUGAUUCAACAGUAACUCUGUUCUUUAGCUUCUUUUUAAAAACUGGGUGCAUAACAUGUCCGGGUCGCAUUUCACCCCAAAAGUGUGUUAUUAUUUAAAAUAAAUAAUAUAAUAAAUAAUUAAUAAAAUGGGAUAUAGAUGUAACAGUGGGGUCGGUUUAUUGUCAUGGAAAUAAUGCAGAAAUGCUCGUAAAAAUGCACUCUUCUUAAAACAAAAUAGAGUUUAUUAUAUUUAGACCUGAAAUAGGACCUGGGCAUGUAAUAUUCAAUCAACUGGGUUGUGUUUGAUGCAAACUGAGCUGUAUGAAUUAGUUUGAAAAUACACUGUAUGAAUGAUUUAUUGUUUAUUUUUUGAGCAAUAUUCAGGUCCUCCUUCAAGCACAUUAACAGGCUGAGCAACUUGAUUAUGAUUGAAAACAAAAUAGUUUCUUUUUUUUACACAGGGUCAUUUUUCCCCAGUGGUUUCUGAAGUCAGUGUGUAGGAAAUGAAAGACUUUAAUGUGUCUCUCUUACACAUGCUGUGCGCUCACUGCGCAUCACAUUUGAAUAGUACGUCUGUUCAUGUUGGCAUUUCAUGCAAAUUCAUGUCAUUUGUUUUCUUGUUAUUAUUAGAUUUUAUUUUUAAGCAGAAUGGGUUUACUAUAUUGUCCUUUAUUUAUUGUUAUCAAAGUUUCUCAAAUAAAAUUCACUUUACC